AUGCGGAGCUGGGGGGGGUUGGUCGUAUCAGUCCUGGUAUCAUGUGCUCUCAAUGUACAAGGGAGAUCCUCCCAUGGCCUCUCGAGCGGCACGGGAGUUCCCUUCGGCUCCCUGAUCCGAGUGAUCUGGAUUGGCGACUGCCUCUGCCAUGAGGCGCCGGAUGUGAGCUGGGUCAACGGCCUCGAUCGCAUCUCGCUGGUAGAGGAGGUGAUGGUCUUGCAGGAGGAUGAAGUUGAUGUCAAAGACAUCUUAGCUCACAUACACAACUUCAGCCCUAGCAUCCUCUUCUACUCUCCCGGAAGGCAUGCUCCGAAAGAUAUGCUCCGAGUUGUGCAGGAGUGCAGGGCGCGUGGGGUUCAUACGGUAUCAGUGCUGUUUGAUUUCCAUCGCACGGUUCAGAACUUGACCUCUGACUGGCCUCCCUUGCACUUCGAUCAACUUCUUGUGGAUUUUUGGGAUGCAGAGGUUGAAGAGUCGCUCAGACUCGGUUCCUCUCCUGAGUGGUUUGGACGUUAUGUUAGCAGCACUUUAUGCGCGAACAUGCUCCAUAACGAAGAGCAUCUCGUUCAUACGGAAUAUUCUUAUGACAUCCUUGUUUACUUCCCAUAUUUUGAAGAAGAAAGCUGCCGAAGUCAACGACAGAGUCGUACUCUGGUGUGUGCAUUGUAUUCCUUUCUCAAAUCAAAGAGUCAGAUCAGAUUUCGACUGCAAGGCGACUGGUUGAUCGAAGAAGAACUCAAGUCAUUGUAUUUACAGUCAAAGAUUGUCAUCAUCAUCCUCGAGAGCAACACCGAGUCACAGGAUGAUACUCCUCGCUGCAGAGGAGGAGGGAUGUAUCAGGUGUACAAGGCUUUGGCAAUGGGAGCGUUUGUGAUGUGCAACGAGGUGGAGGGGCUUGAUUUAGAUCUUGUCAACGGCUCUGAAGUGAUCAAGUUCAAAUCUGAUUCGCUCCUUAGCCUUGAAGGCUUGGUUGAUCACUACUUGCAGGAUGAGGGCGCGAGGCUGCAGAUCGUUCAAAACGCUCAUGCGUCUGUCUGUGAACAUUUGAGUCUGGAAAGCAAAAUGGCUGACGUCUUGAUUCGAGCUUCUCAAUCCACGGAAAGUCUGCAUGUAUGCAAAGGUCCGAGCAGAAAGAAAGUGUUGGAAACGUCGCUCAUCGGGAACAAUAUCAAUCUCUCGAGCCUUGUGGACCACCAGGACUUCAUCAACCGCUCUGGGCUGUUGAUUGCCAAGGUUGAGUUUCAAGAGUCCGAAAGAGUGUUCGAUUCGACUCUUUGUUUGCAAGAAGACUGUUCCUUGCUCGAUGAGCGAAUACCUGGAGGUUUGCAAAAGCUUCAUUUUUCUGUGUGCUUGUUUCUCACCCGUUACCGCCAAGCCAUGCUCCCCCAAGAGCUCUCACUGCAAGGGAUGUUCUUGGUCUGCCUGCACAACUACAUGGUUGUAGCCGAUGGAGUGAGCUGUAACGGGGUUGAGCCUCCGAUCACAGCCUUCGGGCGCCACCAGUGGUAUCCUCCAGUACCUCAUGGAUGCGAUUGGAGUGAGAGUGCUGUCACCGAUGUUCCAGUUGUUCCAGUAGAAAGGUUCGGCUGGUUUUGGGCUCAUUUCAUACAGGACCUGGUCUACAAGCUCGCUUUCACUGUGCACGCUUUACCUGCCGGGACUGAGUUCGAGUACGUUGAGAUUCUGCAUGGAGGCUGUUGCCAGCUGACUGUUGGUAGUGUGAUCAUGGAGUCAAACUCGCAACCGAACAUCCUGCCUCUCAUCCGAUCGCUGCUGGGAGAAGAUCUGGAUUUCUCCGAAAGGCUUUAUUUCAUGGAUUCCAACUGCCUCAGAGGAAAUGGAAGAGAAUGUUCGCACUACUUCAUGGUGACUUGUGAAGGAAAACGUUUCCCAUCCUCACUAAAGGGAUUACAGAAGGAUUUCUCGCUGCUGCUUCGAAGGCUUUUCCACACCAUCGAGUCUCCCAUGUGGCACAGGAAUCAGCACCGUGACCUGUGCAGAGCUUUUGACUCGCUGCGUUUGCCUUCUACUGGCGAUGCGACAUGCGAGCUCUGCUACCAGGACGAUUCGUAUGCCGAGGCUCACUCCUCUUCGAGGAGGAUGCACAGUGGCUGGCCCAGCAUCGUUCUCUUCGUGCGGAAGAGGAGCAGGUGCAUGCUCAACAGCAAAGAGCUCGCUCAGUCACUUCAAUGGGCAGCUCAAGUCCUUGCUAGAAAGGUUGCUGAAAUGCGUCUGCCGGUCUCACCUCCUGAGGAUUUUCGGGUUCGACAGAUGCCAUCAUCGACGGGUAGGAUCGAGGUCAUACAGAGCGAGCAGAGGAGCCACUCUCUGCUUCAAGUCGCAGCGGCAGUCAGUCAGGCUUCAAUCAUCGUGACUCCUCAUGGCACACACGUGUACUCAGCAGUCUUUGCCCGCCGUGGCACCACCAUGAUCGAAUGGAUUGUCCCUGUUGAUGGGGCCUCGUACAUCCUCGAGAACUCCCUUAAGGAGUUUGUCGCUCCUGUGGACAAAGUGCUGCGCAUCGUCUUCCACGAGCUCGAUGUGCCCGUACAAGAGCUUGUCAAGAUUGAGCACCAGCGGACAGCAGGAGAGAUCCGCUGGAAAAUUCUCUACCUCAACCUCCUUCAUGGUGAGCUAUGCGAGGGUCAGCCCUGCCUUCAUUUCCGCAUCUCUUACGACCACACCGUCCUCGAGCACACGUCUAUUCCUACGGAUGUUGGAUGUUUGAUCCAGGGGACGACGAGGACAGACGAGCAACUGGCGCCCGUCCUCGACCUUGCUCUCUUCUUCUCCUCCUCAGCAGGAGAACUCGAGCGGCUCGAGACUGCGCCGGCCCGUCUCAUCAGUCCAGGAUCGUCUGGCCGAGGCUGCGCGUCAGCAUGCGAGGAGGGGCAGGAAGACGUCUACCGAGCCCUUGAGUGA